AUGGAAGAUCAGACCCGUGCUUCAUCUCCCAGCCAUCCUCGCCACUCGAGCCAACUUCACCACCGCUCAGACACACCUACGUUGACGACUAACCCCUUGGCGUCGGAAGCGCAUGCAACGGCCACUGGAGUCGAACCAUUGCCUUAUCAGAUAACCCAAGAGCCUUCUGACGAGGAAGAUCAACGCCCGCCUCGCUAUACUCUAGAAAACGACCCCUUCCAGCUAGCCAGUAAGCUGAAGUCUGACGCCGAAAUCGACAAGAUUAAGGCAAAUACAGCUCGCAAACGAGAGGGUGGUUCAAACAAAAGCGUCACGAGUUCUUCAAAAAGGCUUCAAAGCUUUUACAAGUCCCAGAAUGAGAACAUUAAGAAGCUGUUAAAGCCAGUCGACGAACAUGUGCGGCUCGCAAAGGAAUACAACACCCAGAACCAGCUCAAGUACAAGAUCGCCGUCUAUGGUAGUUUUGCGGCGAGCAUCGUCUUAGCAAUCCUCCAGCUCUAUGCCGCUAUUGCGUCAGGAUCUCUAUCACUCUUUACAACAAUGGCUGACUCUAUUUUCGAUCCGAUGUCCAACCUGACCCUGCUCAUCAGCCACAAGGCCGUGACACGCGUUGAUGCACGCAAGUUCCCCGCUGGAAAAGCCCGGAUUGAAACGGCCGGAAAUAUCUUUUUCUGCUUCCUCAUGACAUCCGUAUCACUGAUUUUGAUUUCGUUUUCCGCCAAGAGCCUUUCGGAUGGGAACACUGAGGAGACCCUGGGGUUUCACAUACCCCCCAUUGUUGCAGUGUGUAUUGCGUUCUCAACUAAGUUCGCCCUGUUCGUGUACUGCUGGGCACUCCGAGACCAAUAUUCCCAAGUCCGGAUUCUGUGGGAAGAUCACCGCAAUGAUCUCCUUAUCAAUGGACUCGGCAUCUUGACUUCGGUUGGUGGCGGUAAGCUCAGAUGGUGGAUCGACCCAUCGGGUGCUCUGAUCCUCUCCUGUCUGAUAGCUAUCCUGUGGCUUCGAACUGCCUAUUCUGAGUUCCAACUUUUGAUUGGCGUCACUGCAGAUACGCAGAUGCAGCAGUUGAUUACAUAUAUAUCAAUGACCCAUUCCCCAAUGAUCCAAGCCAUCGACACCGUACGCGCUUACACAUCAGGGCCGCGUCUAGUUGUUGAAGUCGACAUCGUGAUGGACCGCAACGAGACCCUUAUGGCUACCCAUGAUGUCGCAGAAGAGUUACAGAUGAAGCUUGAAAGCCUUCCCGAUGUGGAGCGGGCAUAUGUCCAUGUCGACUAUGAGACUACCCAUAAACCAGAGCACUUUCUGAAAAAGGAGCUCUAA